AUGGCUAGAACCGGUCCUGCGAUGCUCCUACUUCCUUCAUCGCAGAUGACAGCAGGAUGGUGUCUUCCAGUUGUGAAACAGCUGGAGUUAGAAGUCCCAGCUCACCCGGUGAGGACCCGGCGCUGUGCUUGCAGCAACCAGUUGGACUCUGAAUGCCACUACUUCUGUCAUCUGGACAUCAUCUGGAUCAACACCCCCAGUAAAACAACACUUUAUGGUCUGGGUGGCUCUUUGCUGCGACGCAAGCGGUCCACUGGACGCUGCACCUGCGCCAAACUCAAUGAUCAGAGCUGCAGACGUUUCUGCAGCUUCCGCCCUGAACUCACAUCUGUGAAGCCUUCCCACGUUGAUGUUCUCGGCAUCCUAAGAGCUGCAGCCAAGAAAUCACAGAAAGACCUUGAAGCUCAGAGACCAGACUGGGACCAUUUUCCUCCGGCUCAGAGGAAAAUCGCCUGAUAAUCAACAGAGCUGCUGAAGCAGUGAGAG